UUGUUUCAGCUACCCCCAGAAAGUUUACAUCAACCAUAUGAUUAUGCAAAAUCAGAAGAGCAAAAUAAAAUGCAAUACUCCUUACGAGUCUCUAGAGAUUCUGUCUCUUCCAUCACUCAUCAAGAACUCCAAUCCAGUCCUAAGAAAAGCAAAUAUGCAUAUAUAUGCAGCGCAAGAGUUCAUCUAGAGAAUCCAUUUCCAGGGAGGAGUUCCCAUAAUAAUUCAAGAGUAUAAAGGUGGGGAAAAAGGCAACUUUUUUUGAGAGUAAAGUUUAGAAUCUAUACCAAGCCUUCUUUAUAGUUUCUUUCAUCUUUGGGGGCAAAGGUAAAGAAUCUUCAUUCCAAGAUUUUUAGAUUAAGGUUAAGAAUCUUCUUGUCUAGUUUCUUGAGCAGUGUUAUGGCGUGCAUCAAGAACAAGAAUUCGAUUAUCAUCCAAAGGGCUAAUGUUCUUGCUCUUUUGAGUUACAAAAGAUUGGACCAUACUCUCUGCUUUUCUACAAAUGAAAAGCAUUUUCUUCAUUAAUUUGCCCACCAGACAUAUGGGUUUCUCUCCUUGGCUUCUCCUCAUCUUUUCCGUCAUAUUUUCAAAUGUUGUUACAGGGAAUGCAUUCACAGGAACAUAUGGUGUAAACUAUGGUAAAAUAGCAGAUAAUUUGCCUUCACCACAUAGUGUGGUGACGCUUCUCAGAGCUGCAAAGAUUAAAAAUACUAGAAUCUACGAUGCUGAUCAUGAAGUCCUCAAAGCCUUCAAAGGUUCUGGCAUUGAAAUAAUAAUUGGACUUGGAAAUGAAUAUUUGAAAGAGAUGAGCAUAGGCGAGGAUUCUGCAAUGAAUUGGAUCAAAACAAAUGUGCAGCCAUUCCUUCCUGGAACUAAAAUUGUUGGAAUUGCUGUAGGAAAUGAAAUCUUGGGGGGUGAUGAUCAUGAACUCUGGGAAGUUUUGCUGCCUUCUGUGAAAAAUGUUUAUGCUGCUCUUCGACGGUUGGGUUUGCAGAAAUCUGUUCAGGUCACUAGUCCACAUUCAGAGGCUGUUUUUGCCAAUUCAUAUCCACCAUCUGCAUGUAUUUUCAGGGAAGAUGUGUUUAUUUAUAUGAAGCCAUUGUUGCAAUUCUUUUCAAAGAUUGGUUCCCCUUUCUACAUAAAUGCAUACCCAUUUCUAGCCUACAAGAGUGAUCCCGAGCACAUAGACAUUAACUAUGCUCUUUUCAAAUCAAAUCCUGGAAUUGUAGAUGCAAAAACUCAUCUGCACUAUGAUAAUAUGUUUGAAGCUCAGAUUGAUGCAGCUUAUGCUGCACUAGAAAAAGCUGGGUUCCCAAAGAUGGAAGUCAUAGUUUCUGAAACUGGGUGGGCUUCUAAUGGAGAUGCAAAUGAAGCUGGAGCUACAAAGCAGAAUGCAAGAAUUUACAAUUAUAAUCUGCGGAAACUGCUGGCUAAAAAGAAAGGGACUCCCUACAGGCCUAAGACUGUAGUGAGAGCUUAUGUUUUUGCAUUGUUCAAUGAGAAUUUGAAGCCUGGGCCAACUUCUGAGAGAAACUUUGGAUUGUUCAAACCUGAUGGGAGCAUAUCAUAUGAUAUUGGAUUCACUGGACUUAAAGAAUCAUCUGCAGUUUCAUCUCUUGUUUCUUUCAAGGGCAGUUUUCAUUCAUUAGUUUUUGCAACCUGCAUGGCAAUUCUGCUAUUAGUUUUAGCUUCAUAAUUGGUGACAGAAGCCAUUUCAACUUCUUUGUUGUUCCUGGACUGACAAUUCAUUGUUCAAUCAAAUUGAUCACAGAAACAUUGCUGAUUGUGUUUUCAAUUAUUUUCAGCAAUGCAAAGGACCAUAGUCUUGUAAAUGAAA